AUGUUGGGGGCGUUCCUGGACGCCGCGGCGGUGCAGGAGCUGGGCUCCAAGCUCUCGAGCUUCGGGGAGCCGGAGGUAGGCAAGUCAUGGACGGAGCACUUGCUGCGGCGGUUUGCGGACCAGGCGCUCGAGCAGGAGGGAAAGCUCCAGCAGGCGAUGUCUCAGAGACUAGCCACCAGCAUCCGCGGCAGCUCCGCCUCGACCACGUCGGGCGGGGAAACCACGCCCGAGGCCCCUGCCACCCCGGCGCCCGCGCCAAUGGCGCCCACGCCCUCGGCGCACUACGUGUCGCGGCAGGGCUCAGACAUCAACUAUGACCCUGAUAUCCCAGAGGAGUACCGGGAUGACCUAGAUCCCGGGUACCGCAUCCGGGAGUGCACGGAGCAAGAAUUGAUGCUUGAGAUUCAGGACAAGUACGAGCGCGCGCUUGCCGCUGCGCCGGAACUCCUGCAAUGGGCCGCCAACCUUAUGCCCAAGGCGUGCCCAGAGACAGCUCCUGAUGAGCUGCUAGGCGCCCCAAAGACGGAGGGAGCCGAUGAGCCUAGCGGAGGUAUGGAAGCGCAAGUCAGCCAGAGCAGCUCGAUUGCCGCCGGAGAGCACACUCUGGCGGAUGCCAUCAUGCAUGGAGUAUCUGCUCAUAGCGAAGCAGCAGAGGCGCCCGCUGUGGUGCCCACCUUUGGGGCCCAGGCUGCGCAGGCUGCGCAGGCGCCGCCUCCCGAAGCGCAAGCGUCAGGAAUGCCUCCCUACGCUUACAAUGCUGCGUUGGACGAUGCAGCGCCCAAGGCACUCUCCUGCGGCAAGAAGGAGCGCACCGGCCGACCGGCCCCGCGCUACCCCGAAUCUGGGGACUCCUUCUACCCAGUGGAGCUGCAGGGCAUCGUUUUCGACUCCUUCAACCUUCGGAUCGUGCACGAGCGCGACCGUACGGGCUUUGAAGAGACCAAGGACUUCCCCAUCCGCCUGAACAGUAUCGUUGCGGGCCGGUACCAGGUGCUGGAGUAUCUGGGCUCGGCGGCCUUUUCCCGAGCUGUCCAGUGCCUGGACCUUGAGACCAACAGGAUGGUUUGCAUGAAGAUCAUCAACAAUAACAAGGACUUCCUUGACCAGUCCCUGGAUGAGAUCAAACUGCUGAGGCUGAUCAAGUCCAACUGCGACAACGUUGACGACAAGAACUGUUUGGCUCUGGUUGACUAUUUCUACCACAAAGAGCAUCUCAUCAUUGUCACGGAGCUCUUACGAGACAACCUCUACGAGUUCUCCAAGUACAAUCGGCAGGGCGGCGAAGAGCCCUACUUCACCUUGGGCCGGCUGCAGAGGAUCUCUCAGCAGAUCCUGGUGGCUCUCGAGUAUAUACACCAGUUGUACCUCAUACAUGCAGACUUGAAGCCUGAGAAUGUGCUCAUCAAAAGCUACUCGCGCUGUGAGGUGAAGGUCAUUGACUUUGGCUCCAGCUGCUAUGUGGAUGACCAGCUCACGAAUUAUGUCCAGUCCAGAUCUUACAGGGCACCGGAAGUAAUUCUGGGUCUGCCCUACGACCAGAAGAUCGACCUUUGGUCACUGGGCUGCAUCAUCGCGGAGCUGUGGUCAGGCUUCGUCCUGUUUCAGAACGACUCAGUUCAAAGCCUUCUGGCGAGGAUUCUGGGUAUCCUGGGGCCCUUUCCAUCACACAUGAUGGCCGUGGGGCGCUUUGUACCGCAGUACUUCACGCAGGAGAGCUGGAAAUGA